CUACCUGGUAAAAUCGAUCCCCGGGCAAGCUCGACCGUGGCUCGCCUGUUGUUUGCGGGUGUUUGAGAUUUUUCUAACUGGAUGUUCUUUCACUUCCAAGACUUUCAAAGACCCAGCCGACCAACCGACCAACCGACCAACAACCCCCUGCCCGAUAUUUCCGUCAUCAAUUCCCAAAUUCCCAAAUCCGCGAGUCAAGACCCUCCGCUCCACAUGAACGAAUGCAAGCUUUCCCCUAGGUACUCCUUUUGUGCGUUUCAUGUAUUUUGGCUAUGUAGUACUUUACAUAAUAGUAUAAGCCACUUCUUUCAUAUCUCCCUUCCUUCUUUCUUUCUCCUAGAACAAAAAGUCCGGGCUACUUUGGUUAGGCCAUGUCUCCUUCAGGAGCAUCAUCGUCACAUCUGAGCAAUCUGGAGCAGGCCGCCUCGCUCCUUUGUACCGUGGCCGCUUACAUGCGUUUGCCAGCUUUGGCCUCCACGGGUGUUGCCGCCGUUCUAACCACCCUACUGUACUUCAAGCAAAAAGCGCUAAUCUACCCAUCCCACAUGCCCCCGAAUGCUCGAACUAAUGUACCUCGACCUUCGCAAUUUGGCAUCAAAAAUUUCGAAGAAUUAGUUAUACCUACCAACGAUGGCGAGAAGCUAUCGGCGUUCUAUAUACGCGGCCCGAAAGGUGGUCGUAAUUCCAAGUGUACUAUUUUAAUGUUUCACGGUAAUGCUGGCAAUAUCGGGCAUCGGCUACCCAUAGCUCGCAUGCUCAUCAACUAUAUCGGUUGUAAUGUUUUUAUGCUCGAGUAUCGAGGUUAUGGUUUAUCGACUGGGGAGCCGGAUGAGAAAGGAAUCGCAAUCGAUGCCCAGACCGCCCUAGAUUAUCUACGAAGUCGAGCCGAAACAAGCAGUCAUAAGCUUGUUGUUUAUGGACAGAGUCUAGGAGGAGCCGUCAGCAUUAAGUUGGUGUCGAAGAAUCAGCAUGCGGGAGAUAUUGUUGGUUUGGUAUUGGAGAAUACGUUUCUCUCCAUGCGAUCAUUAAUUCCAUCCGUUAUCCCUCCGGCCAAGUAUUUGACCAUGUUGUGUCACCAAGUCUGGCCAAGCGAGUCUAUUUUGCCGUCUAUUACAGAAGUUCCCAUAUUAUUCUUGAGUGGCCUUCAAGAUGAGAUCGUCCCACCCUCCCACAUGAGAAAACUAUACGAAUUAGCUACUACACCCACUAAGAUAUGGAAGCCGUUGCCGGGUGGCGACCAUAAUUCUAGCGUAUUGGAGGAGGGAUACUUCGAGGCCAUAUCAGAUUUCGUAUCCAAUAAUGCUGGGGAUGAGAAAUCAUAAUAUUAAUUACGACAGAUGCUUCAAUAUUUCUGACGACCGGGCAAGAUUGGGCAUAGGAUUUGUCAAGGCCAAUCGUCUUUUUUAAUCGUUUACCUUGAAAGAUACCCCUACCUUCACGUCAGAUUGCGUGAUGGGUCUUACCUAUAGAAUAUA